AUGACUAAAGUCAUAAACACUACUCAAAAAGUAAAUGAUCAAAUCACAAUUAAAGGUCAAUUAGUAGAUAAUCAAACAAGAUGUAUUCAUUAUCAUACUCCAGUAGAUUUAAUAGCUAUAAAAUUCAAAUGUUGUCCUAAAUUAUAUUAUCCAUGUUUUAAAUGUCAUGAAGAAUUAAAUAAUCAUUCAAUUGAAAAAUACGAUAUUAAGGAUAAGACGGAGGAGGUUAUAAUCUGUGGUAACUGUUUUAAUACUAUGACUAUUGAAAAUUAUAUUAAUUGUAAUUCAAAAUGUCCUUAUUGUAAGAGUAUAUUUAAUUCUAAAUGUUCUUUACAUUAUGAUUUAUACUUUAUAUUAUAG